CAUUGAUUUCUGGACUUUCUGCUACAGCAAAGUGUAUAUUGAAUCGGGCCCAUAUGGAGUUUUCUCAAUAGCCAAUUUGAAUGUCCUGAUCAGGAAUGCGUCAAUCUAAUAGAUCCCUUCCUGGAUUGGCCUAUGUUCAAUGAUUUGCACCUCGCUCUGCAAAUUUGAGUCUUUGCAGCUUCACGUAAAUUUAUCUGCUUUUUGAACGUUAAAUGACGUUGACAUUGCAUUUUAUACUGGUACCCAUUUUUCCAACGACGUUUACUUCCAGACUGCGUUUCUAUGACUCUAAGAUGCUGAAAUCAAAAACCAAAAAUGGAGAGGCUUAAUAAGGCUAGAUCUGUAACAGGAAGCAGAGUAUCUGUAAGUACGGAACCUACAGGUUAAAUAUAACACGAAAUGACGUAACUCUUUCUGUAUUGUGCCUCAAUAAAGGUAUUUUCUUAUAUAAUUUAGAAUAUUAUAAUUUUUUUGAAAUUAUAUAUGAGAUGACCCAUGAUUUUACAUUUCUAAUUAGUAAUCAAAUAUUAUAGUAACAAUUCUACCUGCCGUAAUACCAUUUACCACCAACCCUUUGGGUGUUGGAGGGGCUGAUUCCCAUGUCCCACACGGAGGGUUAAUACUGCCAUUCAAUAGCAUGAUGUAGUUUACAGGCUGAUUUUGGUGCUUGUUUGCAAACAAUUAUCUUUGAUGGACUAUUUAGAAACAGGCAAUCCUUUAACAUUUAAAUCUUUUUGUCCUGAAAAAUUCAACAGCUAUCUGCAUUGAUUUAAACCUUCUGCACUUUGAAAAGAAUAGUUAGUAGAAUUAGUAGGGCUCUUGUAGUCUGUGGGAUUUAUUUGUUUUGAGAUCACUCAACACCGUACUUUGUUUUACUUUUCCUAGAAGGUUUCUAGGACUUCUCGUAGUCGGCCACCUUUCCUCUAGAACAGCCUGCCUACCCCCAUAAGACUCUCCCCUAGUUUUUAAUCAUUUAAGAAGUCCCUCAAAAUCAAUCUGUUCAGGAAAGCUUGUGGCCCCCCAGAGUAGCUUCUAUUUCAUAAACCUGUCUAUUGCGCUCUCUUAAAGGGCCACACUCCACGCUCACCGCCAGUUCUACUACUUUCCCAUCUUUUUAAUUGGUUGCUUUCCCCGUCGAUGCCCUUCCUAUUGUAUUUUUAUAUCCCACCUCCUCUAGAUUGUAAGUUCGUUUGAGCAGGGUCCUCAUCAACCUAUUGUUCCUGUAAGUUUUUGUAAUUGUCUCAUUUAUUGUUAAAUCCCCAUCUUUUUAAUUUUGCAAAGUGCUGCGCAAUAGGUUGCCGCCAUAUAAAUGCCAAUAAUUAUAAUAACACAGUGCUUUUUUUUUUUCUUCUUGUUAAACUCUUUUGGAGUAGAUUGAUAAAUAACAUGGCUUUCUCUGGCACCCAGAAAUCUUAUUGAAAUGAGCAGUAAGUCAAACCAGCAGGUCACUUAAAAGAUGGGUGCUUUCUUAAGCCUAUGCAAAUUACACCAUUUCAGCACAGACACAAGUCAUUGCAAUUAAUAAAUCACAAAUCUUCAUGUAUUUUAUUGUACCUUAAUUCUAACAAUCAUGGGUAGUGUGUCUUUAUAAACUUUGUAGUUCACUAAGUUUGUAGUUCACUGAGUCGAACUGCUGCCAAGUCACCCCUUGGUGGCUAGAAUAAUGCCCUAUAUCAGGGAUAGGAAACCUUCUGCACUCCAGAUGUUUUGGACUACACCUCCCAUGAUGCUUUGCCAGCAUUAUGUGUGUAAGAGCAUUAUGGGGGAUGUAGUCCACAACAUCUGGAGUGCCGAAGGUUCCCUAUCCCUGCCCUAUAUCUAUGAUAUUACUGAAGAUAACUAGGGUGGGUUAUUCUUGCUGGAGUCGAUUGAUGCCAUCUCUCUGCACACUCUUUGUAAUAACUGCCUAAUUUGACAGAUAGGUGUGUUUGUUCACUAACCGGGAUGUUGCGGAGAAUUCAAAAGAGGAAAUUAAAACUUUAACCAAAUACUACUCAGCUACUAAGGAUGAACUGAUGCAGUACCCGUGACAAUCUUCACAAUUCUAAUAUAAGCUAAUAACCCACUAAACACAAAUACCUUACCAAAUCACUGAAACAUUAACAGGAUUAUUUAAUAAAGUGAGAAUUAAAAGUGAAUUUCACAAUCAAGCCCAAAAUAGCCAAACUAGAAAACAUUCCCAAGUCAGCUUAGAUUUUAGCUUGGCUAGUCUGGUCUUAAACUUUAAAUUAAUUUAGAGAUAUAGCAGAGGUUCCUGACACUAGAAUCUAUAGAUAGGCUUAAAUUCCUCUGUCACACGUUGUAGGGAAAGCAGUUAAAUGAUGUUCAAGUCCUAUUCUCACCUGACCCUGACGAUGAAGAUUAAUUAAAGAUUACACAAUCGGGCACAGGUGACUUCUUAUUUUCCUAUCCGAGUCACAAAUGACGUGGGGUUGGAAUAACCCUGUUUUUAGGGAACCCUGCAAUAUCUCCCUUGUGCAGAGAUUAACAUAACAUAUUCCCUGCUAAUAUUAUUUAACCUCCUACAUGACUAUCAAGGGGGAAAAACCAAUCACCGGCAAAGCGAAAUUGACUUUAAUAAGUUUCUGCAAAAUGGCAAUUUUUAUCAGUCACAGAGUUAAAAUGACAGAUACAUUCCAUUCCAUAAAUAACUAUACAGUAAGAGGCAUACAUUAUCCAUUUUCCAUUAAUGUUAUUUUCAUGUAAGGAAGAUAUAAGUUUGCAUAUCUUGAAAAGGUAUUUUUUCUGUCAUUUUAAUUAAUUGUCUUUGCAUUAUGCAAGAAAUAAAAGAGCCAUUUGGAGCCAAUUUAGCGUGAUUCCUAAUUACUGGUUUUCAUGCAUAUGCUAUAGUACGUUUACAGAAUUAAACACUAAAAUGAGAAUUUAAAGUGAAUUUCAAAUUUAAGGUGAAAUGGGCUAAACUGGAAAAAAUCUCUGUCAUCUGUGCUUUCCAUUCAACUACUCUGGCCUUAAAUUUGAAAUUCACUUUGUAUUCUUACUUUGGUGAAUAACCCUGUUUUUUGGAAUUAUGAUUGGAAGGUUUAUCCAUGUUGGGUUAAAGGGAUUCUAUAGUGCCAGGAUAACAAAGCCAUUUUCCUUGCACUAUAGGUUCCUACAGUGACCCCUCCCUAGCACCUCCCCUCUUGCGGCGCUGAAGGGGUUAAAGCCCCUUCAGUCACUCACCUGAAUCCAGUGCCAAUGUCCCUCCGCCCACACUCCUCCCCUCGUUCUCCCCUCGGAUUUCCCCAAAGUGCUUUCCUAUAGGGAUUCCAGUGACGCGGAAGUCCUCGUGCAUAGCGUGAGGACGUCCAGCAUCAUUUAGACGACAAAAAGUCAUCUAAGCAACCAGAAGUCCCUCUAGUGGCUGUCUGGUAGACAGCCACUAGAGGUGGAGUUAGCCCUAAGAAGUAAUUAUUGCAGUAUCUCAGAAACUGCAAUAAUUACCGCUGUAGGGUUAAGAGACAUGGAACAUUGCACCCAGACCACUUGAAUGAGCUGAAGUGGUAUGGGUGCCUGUAGUGUCCCUUUAAGCAUGGAAGGGGCCAUCUUGAUCAUGUGAUACCAGCAGCCAAUGAGAAUCAAUAAGUGGUUUGAAUUGUAGCUCCAGCCUCCCACUGGAAAUAAUGUUUUGAAUUUAUAAUGAGAGUAAUCAACAGAGGGGUUUUUUUUUAAUCUUGCUAUAUGGUGGUGCAUAAACCAUUUCUGAAAACAGUCACUUUGAAGAAUCACUCUUAGCAUCAGGGCUGGCGCUACCAUAAGGUGGUAUAGGCAGCCGGGUGAUUGGCUGGAGAGGAGCACACAGCCUCCUGCCGAUCAUUCCAUGUAGAGUGUGAGCUGCAGCCCAGCCUCUGGCUCUGGUACAUUGCACAGGGGGUGGUGAUAUAAAUCACAUCGUAUCCCUGCUCCAUGUGUAGCACAAAGCGUGGCAGGGCGAUGGCGCCUUAAUGACAAAUUGUAUGGUAAGGUUUGUUUGAUUGUGUACCUUUUAUGACAGUGUCUCUGUAUAUUUUUGCGCUUGAAUAACUGUGACUGCCUGAAUAAAUGUGUCUGUAUGAAUGUGCCUUUGUGCAUGUAUUUCUUUUUGGCUGUAUAUAUUAAUGCAUGUAUAGCUGGACAGGAAAGUGACACACAAAAGGAUAGGAAGGGGGGGGAGGCGGGAUUCAAACAAAAUAGGCUAGCGGUGAAAGAGACACAAAGGAAUAUGGUUGAGGGACACACAGUGAGGCGUGAAAGAGACACAGAAAAGUGUCUGGUGGUGAAAGGGAUGCACAGGAGCAUUGGAGACAAGCACAGGGUCUAUGUGGAGAAAGAGCCACACAAAGGAGCUGGGGGGUGAAAGAGCCACACAAAAGAGCUGGGGGUGGGGGUGAAAGAGCCACACAAAGGGACUGGAGGUGGAUAAAGGGACCCACAAAGGGGCUAGGGGGGUAAAGGGUCAUUUUCAGUUGUGUAGCUAGAGAUCAUAGUACCAGCCCUGCUAAGCACCACCUCAGCUGUGUAGUAGUGCAACGAUUAUGCCAGGGCUGGUCCAUGGCGGGUGGCUGGGACCACCAGUGAUCAAAAUUAUUCCUCUCCCUGGCCCAAGGUAAACCUCAGGGAGGGGUGAAUAGACUUUUUUGGGUUCUUUCAGCCCGUACUUCAGCCCCUAACCACCCCCAUUCUAUAGCCCCUUACCACUACAGCCCCUCACCACCACAGCUACAAACACUUACAGCCCCAAGCCCCCUACUACAAACCCUUACCACCACAGCCCCAAACCCCUACUACAAACCCUUACAGCCCCAAACCCCCUACUAAAACCCCUUACCACUAUGGUGAACAGAAUCUCGCCACUGGCUUCUGGAGGAGCCUGCUUGCCAGCCUCCUGCCUCAGGACUAUGGGCCCUUCAAUAUACCUUGGCCAAUGAACUUUAAAAGACUCCGUUCAUGUGAUUUAUGUACUUUUGUACUCCAGAAAGAGAGACCGACCGUUAGCCCUGUUUCCUUGGAACUGUAUUGGACAUAGGACCAUGUGCACGGUUGGUCAAAAUUAGGACUUCCAUGAAAAUCCCGAACCCCUGAACCGAUCUUGGAUAUGUUGGUCACCCAGAUGGGGGCUUUCGGGAUAUUGUUAAAAUGUAUGUUUUCUGAGUUUAGUACAGUUCCUGAGUCAAUUUUCUCUCAGGCACAGGGGAGGGAUUACCCUGUUUUGUGUGGGAAUGUCCUGGAACUAAGAGCCCAUAUAAUUAUGUGUAUGUUUUACUGUAGUCUCCUCUCAGGUACAGAGGGGAAUGCCCCUGGAAUAUGUAUCUGGAAACCCUUUGCAUGGGGAGUUGCAUAUAAGGCUGCAUGUGGCUCUCAUUAAACCAGUUCUCCUUCACCCUCAACGUAGAGCCUCAUCUCAUGCUUGGAGGGAACAGCUAUAUUCACUCUGGCAAUUGCUAUAAUCCCUACUCUCCCUUGGAUUAUAAUCACCAGCUCUUGUAAAAGCUAUCCUGCUAUAGUCUCUGGAGUAGGAGAAGUCUACCCAAUGGAAGCUGGAUCCCAGUCUUGGGUCCAGGGUAGGUGGAGGACAGUGACAACCCAACCUCUAACGCUAACUGUGGGGAUGACGGUGGUUAUGGUGUCUGGUGAAGUGCUUGGAAGUACUUGGGAAUACUAGUAAGCAUCGAUUGGCAGAGGCACCCAGUCCAGGUGCCAGGCGGUCCACCACAACCACUAUAGUCCCUAACCCCCUACUACAAACUCUUACCACCACAGCCCUACACCCCCUACUAUAGCACCUUACCAUUAGAGCCCGUACAGCCCCUUACCACUACAGCAGCAAACCCCCUACUACCACUCCUGACCACAACAACCCUACACUCCCUACAACAGCCCAUUACCACUACAGCCCCAAAGCACACUACUACAACCCUUUACCACUACACCCCCUAAACCCACCACUACAUUCCCUAACCCCCAAUUGCUGCCCCUAAUAAGCAAUAACAUAUGAAUAGUAAUAGCAAGUUACAAGAACAGUUAAAGUAAGCAAAGGAAAAUAAAUAUAAUUAAAAGCACAGAAGACAUGUAGAAAUAUCGGUGUGCUAAAACGUUACAGGAAAAUGAAGAGAAACACCAGCAGAUCUGUAAUGUCUAACACUGACACACACAUAGUUACAUAGUUACAUAGCUGAAAAGAGACCUUCGUCCAUCAAGUUCAGCCUUCCUCACAUAUGUUUUUGCUGUUGAUCCAAAAGAAGGCAAAAAACCCAGUCUGAAGUGCUUCCAAUUUUGCCACAAACUAGGAAAAAAUUCCUUCUUGACCCCAAAAUAGCAGUCAGAUGUCUCCUUGGAUCAAGCAGCUAUGACCCCACUAAUUAGAAAUUAUAUCCCUGUAUGUUAUGUUUUUGCAAGUGUUUAUCCAAUUGCAGUUUAAACAUCUGUAUAGACUCUAACAAAACCACCUCUUCAGGCAAAGAAUUCCAUAUCCUUAUUGUUCUUACUGUUAAAAAAAACUUUUCUUUGCCUUAGAUAAAAUCUCCUUUCUUCCAGCCUAAAUGUGUGACCUCGUGUCCUAUGUAUAGCCCUGUUUAUGAAUAGAUUUCCAGAUAAUGGUUUGUACUGGCCCCGAAUAUAUUUGUAUAAUGUUAUCAUAUCCCCUCUCAGGCGCCGUUUUUCCAAACUAAAGAGAUUACAUUUUUUUAACCUUUCUUCAUAACUAAAAUGCUCCAUUCCUUUUAUCAAUUUUGUAGCUCGACUCUGCACUUUUUCUAGUGCCAUGAUAUCUUUCUUUAGAACAGGUGCCAGAAAUUUGCACAGCAUAUUCAAGGUGUGGUCUUACCGGUGAUUUAUAAAGAGGCAAAAUUAUAUUUUCAUCUCGAGAAUUUAUGCCCCUACUUAUACAUGACAAAACCUUACUGGCCUUAGCAACAGCAGAUUGACAUUGCAUAUUGCUGCCUAAUGUGUUGUCUAUAACAAUUCCCAAAUCCUUCUCGUGUGUGGUUAUCCCUAGUUCACUACCAUUUAGGGUGUAAAUUGCUUGUGCAUUCUUAACCCCGAAGUGCAUUACUUUGCAUUUCUCUACGUUAAAUCUCAUCUGCCAUUUUAGUGCCCAGUCCCCCAAUCUAUCCAAAUCCCUCUGCGGCAAGGCAAUAUCCUGCUCACAUUUUAUUACUUUACAAAGUUUUGUGUCAUCUGCAAACACUGAUACAUGGCUUUUAAUGCCCAUUUCAAGAUCAUUUAUAAAUAUGUUAAAUAGAAGCGGCCCUAAAACAGAACCCUGAGGGACACCACUUACCACUUUUGUCCAGCUUGAAAAUUUACCAUUAAUGUCAACUUGUUGUACUCUAUCCUUAAGCCAAUGUUCUACCCAAGAAUAUUCAUCUUGACCAAUUUCUUUGAAUUUGAAGACUAACCUAUUGUGAGGAACCAUAUCAAAUGCCUUGGCAAAAUCCAAGUAGAUCACAUCCACUGCAACACCCUGAUCUAUACUUCUACUUACUUCUUCGUAGAAUGCAAUUAGGUUAGUUUGACAUGACCUAAGUUUCAUAAAACCAUGCUAAUUAUGCUAAUAACAAAGUUCUCCCCAAUGAAUUCCUGAAUAUUAUCCCUUAAUAGCUGUUCAAAUAAUUUUCCAUUCACAGAAGUUAAGCUCACAGGUCUAUAAUUUCCAGGCAAGGAUUUUGAAUCUAAUGCGCUUGCACGGCAGGCACUGCGUUUGCAUUAGGACUUCGCCCCCAUAGGAAAUCAUUGUAUAAUGAGUAUAAUGAUAAUAGGGUUUCGGGGGACGUUGAAAGUCCUCAUGCAUAGUGUGAGGACGUCCAGUGUCAUUUGGGGAGACCAAAAGUCGCCUAACCACCCAGAAGUCACUCUAGUGGCUGUCUGGUAGAGGUGGAGGUAACUCUUCAUGAAAAUGAUUGCAGUUUAUUAAAAACUACAAUAAUUACCACUGCAGGGUUAAGGGACCUGGCACUUCAAUGACACUGCGCAGGGGAGGGUGAGUGAGCAAUGACAUCACCACUCUGUGAGUGAGGAGUGAAGCAGGGCUCAGAGUCCGCAAGCAUGGAGACUGAGAGUGUGCAGAACAGGAGAGUGGCUGUAUGUAGCAGGUACACCAGUACACUAAGACUCUUUGUAUUCCUAUUGAAGGAACUGGCUAAAACUAGUUGAUUUACUUUUUUUUUUUUUUUUACACAUCGCAAAAACCUUAUCUGUACUAAUCUUAUCUGUGUUGUAUUGUGACUGUGGACCCUCUGUGCUGUGCCCUGCAUGGAGAAAAAGAGGAGCUACACCAAAGUCACAAAUACAUUAUGCUCUGUGUAAAUGUUACAUGCGCACACACACACGCGCUCUGUCUGUCAUUGCACAGGGGUCUAUUGUCAGGAAGACUCAUGGCUGAUCACGAGGGGAUGAAUCUGCUAAAUGCUUUGUCUUUGUGGGGAAUACACCAAUUGGAGGCUUCUAAAGGUUACUCCAGUCGUGGCUUUAUUAUACUAAUAGAAGGGGAAAGGCAAACACACUGUGAUCGCUUUGCAACACUGUCACCCCCCUCUGAAAAAUUAGUGUUUUAUAAAGAUAGAAUCUCUGCGAAAUACUUAUCUUGACAUAUUAACGCUUCUAGUCACAGAGUACAGUCACCGCCAUCUAGAAAGGUCCAGUGAUGGCUGCAGCGAAUUGACUUUACCUAGAAAGGAUCCUACAGGAUCCUCUAUAAAUCUCAAUAUUGUAACCUCGUGCGAGAGAGUAAAUCAAUAACAUCGGCUCCUGGCGCUGAAGAGAACCCACCGGGUGAAGAUGGCUGCGCCCGCGAGGGACAGGUUCGGGUAAUGAACAUCACCUUUGCCUGCUCCCCAAGACUAUGGACUCCCAGCGGUGAAGUUCCCGAUGUGGGUCUUUGCGAAUUCUGCAAAGACCCCAGACAAUGACAGUGCCGCUUUAACAGAAGCAGAAGAAAACCUCCCUAGGUGUCUGAUUAUAAUUUUACUGGUAAUGCAUUGGAAUAAAUAGUAGUAUUGUUUAUGUAUUAGUCAGCAGGCUGCUUGCAUGCAGCUAAUUAGGGUAAAUUAGCCAGUGUAGCUAUCUGGAGCCAGGUGUAUAAUUCCCCUUUAAAUGGUGAAUGGGACAUUCGCUACGUCAUUCACUCUGGGCUGCAGGGAUUUCAAUAGGACAGUCUAUUACAGAACAUGGGGGUUAUGGGUAUGGUGAAUGGACGAGUGCUGCCGAGUCUGCUUAUUAGCUUAGCUCUCUGAAUGUGGGUUAUGUUUACGGUCUAUAGAAAUAAAAGAGGGAAUAUACAAGUACAAACUCAUGUCAGUGAUAUACCCUCUCAUUGCUGCACAUGGUACGUGCCUGGUCAAUUUGAUUAGGGGGAUAUGAGUGGUGGAAUCAGACAGGGAGUGGAGAGAGGGGGGGAAGCAGUGACAGGGUAAAGGAGGGGGUGGUAAGGAGGACGCUCAGGGUAUAUGAGACUUUGGUAUGUGACCAGAGAGAAACUGUCAGUGAUGGCAUGUGUGUAACAGAAGGACGUGACUAGAUGCUUGGGCAAUGAGGAGAAAGAUUAGCUGGAGUUGGGGCCAUUAAAGGGUCUGGGGAGUGUGAUUUAUGCCAUGGCCGUGUGUGAUAUGUGAUCCAGCGAAGGAAACUGAGAAUGGAUGGGGAAGGAAGACGUGACUCCGUUAAUAGUGCUGUGACUAAAGAGGUGAGAGACCCCUGCCCAUCUGGUAAUGCCCUACCACCGUGUACCCCACUUGCCUGCAUUUUUGUUUUUCAGGUUCCUAUUUACGCACCUGAUCUUGCCUCGGUGGCCCCUAAACCCCUGUCUGUACCCCAACUGUUCUCUGUACAUCAAGUCGGUUUAUCGUAGAAUCUUACUAACUUGUCUCCCCAUAUGUCUGUCUCUGUUUGUCUGCUGCGUCUGUCUCUCUGUCUGUGCUGCAGUUGCUGCUCCACUGUGUCUUUAAAUAAGCCCCAGCACCUGCCGGGAUGGCCCAGGCUUCUUCUGCCCCUUGAGUCCUACCUGUCUCUGCCCAGUUCCUGUCUGUGUCUUUGCUCACCUGUGCCACUAGCUCAUUGUUAUCUCCCCAGGUCAGAUCUACUUAUAAACCUAGAACACCUCUGUACCCCAGUUCCUGCCCUGUCAUUCCACUUUCUGUGUGCUUCACUGCCUGCUGCAUUUAUCCUGCUGCUCAGCCCUUUAAUUUGUCUCCGGCACACACAUAAAUGCUUUAUUCUCUGUCCAUUAGAAGAGGGUGAUAUCUGUGCACAGCGCUGACACACCACUCACAUGUUUCAAAGCACACCCUCCUCUGAAUCCUCCUGACAGUGCAGGACCGAGCCUGGGCCUAUUGUGUGCCCCUCUUGCUGCCUCAUUCAGUCACUGUCAUGGACAGAUCUAUGGUAUUGCUGUCUCUGUAUUGUGAAAUACACACUUCCCCUCCUCCCUUUCCGUUUUGCUCUUUUCCCAACUUACUCUGCCUUUUUACUUGUGUAUCACCGCAGUGCCAGGCAAAUUGUGUCUGUCUUCCUUCUUCUAGUAAUGUUACCUGUUAGAGCAUGUGAGGGGAAGGUCGGUUCUUUUGUGAACGCAGUUUGUUUUUCUGUCUUUAUAGAAUUCAUCAACAUCUAUUGAUCACAACCUUUUGUAUUUCUCUCUGCCAGGGAGAGUCCCGCGGAAGUUCCAGGCAUCGACGGCUCUUCUGGAAACUACGACAGCGUUGGAAGCUUCUCGGGCUCUUUGAGAUCGACAGGGAGCAUGAGUUCUACCCACUGACUUGUGACCUAAAGGAAGGGUUAAAGGAUGCCAUACAAGAUAUCAUCUGCAGCGAUGCUACGGUAAGAAAUUUGUGAUAUAUCCAUCAGAGAUCAACGCCACCAGCUCUACUUUAAUAUACAGUAUUUACUCUAUGGGUCUGUAUUACUCUCAUCUUCAUACGGAGUAACAGCACAAUUCAAGCUAUAACGGACAUUUAACGCUCAUCAACUAGGGACUUUGCAGAACGUUCAAAGACCCCCUAUGGUAACAACGCCGCUGGGGAUCCUACGGACGAGGGAGCAGGGAAAGGUGAUUUCUGCUAAUCUAAACCUGUCGCUCACAGGCUCAGCCAUCUUGUUUCGGCAGGUGAAGCACCAGGAGCUGACAUCACUGCUAUACUCUCGCACAUGUGAGACGCUAAUUCCCUGUAGUCAUAACAGGUGAUGGCUGGGGAGAUUGACACUUCUAGGUAGUGGCAGGUGUCUUAGAAAGUCAGACGUAGAAAAAAUACACAAGACAAGGUAGUCCCUAUGUUGUUUUAUGUUUAUUAGUUAUAAAUAGAUGAAAAAUGGGGGGAAAAAGAAAGUAGGAAAGAGAAGAGGAAGCGAUUGAGAAAAAGCAAGUACGGCAUGACAUUGCGGCUUUACUUUGCCGGGAACAGAUAUUGUGGCUCAGUGAAUCUACCUUUUGGGAGAUCACAAUCCAAAAUCAAAUCCAAUUACCAAUUCUCAUUGGGUUCCCGGUGGUACAUUUAAUGUAAGAAGCAAAGGGAAAGGAAGAUAAUUGGUAACAUUUCACAGAAAUCUAUUAGAAAGCAUCAAAACCACAAAAAAAAGAGAAAAAAGAUUCUAGUGAUCAAACUUCAAAUUGCAACAUUUUGGCUAACGUAGCCAUGCUGAAUGGAGAAUUUUUUCCAGAUUAGAAAUGUUUUCCGAAUUUUGCCAUCUGGAUUUCAGUUCAUUACAAUUCAAUGUUCAGUGAAUAAACCCCAUACUAAUACGAUGGAAACCUUGUCCACCUAAAAUAACAGGAGCAGUGCUCUAACAAGACAUUAGUCAUAGGUCCACCAGUGAUUAGCUACCAUUUCCAAAAAGACGCACCUUGGCAUUUUGUAACAGAUGAGCAUUGUAUUCUUUGAUAUUCUCUCCUAACCGAGAUAGUCAUUAAAGUAAGAAUUCAAAGUGAAUUUCUCACUUUAGCUCAACUUAAAACGUAGGUGAUUUAGAGUUUGGCUUUUCCAGUUCUGCUACUUUGGCCUUAAAGCUGAAAUUCUCUUUGAAUUCUCACUUUAGUGAAUAACCCAAUAAAUGAAUCCUAUAGUGCCAGGCAAACAAAGCUGUUUUCCUGGCACUGUAGGUUUAAUAGGUCGUCCCCCCCGCGGGGUUUUAACCCCUUCAGCCACUUACCUGAAACCAGCGCCAAUGCCCCUCGGCGCAGGGUCAGGCUCCAUCCAUGCUCCUGCCCUGCAGAUGUCAGCUGGCGGGGGACAUUUAAUGCGCAUGUGCAACAAUGGCAGUGUGCGCAGUAGACCUCCCCAUAGGAAAGCAUUAUUCAAUGCUUUCCUAUGGGGAAAAUAUGACACUGGAGGUCCUCAUGCAGAGUGUGAGGACGACCAGCGUCAGAUAACGGACCAAAGGUCCGUUUUUGACACUGCACCCAGACCACUUCAAAGAGCUGAAACGGUCUGGGUGCCUACAGUGUCCCUUUAAGUGUAAAAGAUGUGUUCUUAGGGGGUUGCAAUUCAUUGAAAAGUGUUUUUACACCUACCAAAUCACUUUUAAUAUAACAUUAACUUCUGCUUUUGAGUUUUAAUUUCUAUAUUUCUACUUAAUCGAUACUCCUGCGUGUCACUACACUGUAACUUUUUUUUUCUUUUUUAGCAAUCCGCACUUACGGAUGACGAUUACAGUGCGAAGCUCACGCAAGGCCAUGAGGUAAGUUGCUUCGCCACUUAUUUUUUCUCUGAUAUUUGUGUGAUGACAUAUAAAUGAUUUACCACUUGCCGAGUGGAGGAAGGGAAAAAAAAAAAAAGAGCUAAACUCUGGCGAAUUGUAAAGAAUAAAAUUGCACCCAGGUAGUUACAGUUCUAUGAAAUCGUUCAAAUAAUGUUAUGACUGUUAUAAUAAAAAAAUACUUCUGCCAAUAUUCAUUUAUCCAUCUCAACCUAUUUAUUUAUUUAUUUAUUGCCUGUAACAGGGCUAUGUGAUGCGGACGUACGCUGGACCGGUAUUCUCCCACUUUCGCCAAUCUCUAGGCCUGUCGGAGGAAAGUUACAGUCGUUCUCUGUCCGCGUGUGGUUUGUUCCUGCAGUUCAUUAGCAACUCCAAAAGCAAAGCCGACUUCUUCCUAACGUGAGUCUACAGCAGGCAUAGGCAACCUUUGGCACUCCAGAUGUUUUGGACUACACCUCCCAUAAUGCUUUGCUAGCACUAUGGGUGUCAGAGCAUUAUGGGGGAUGUAGUCCAAAACAUCUGGAGUGCCAAAGGUUGCCUACCCCUGUCCCCUGCCUUGAUGAAAUGCUGUUUCUUUAAUCAUUUAUCAUUCCCAAAGUAAGCUUUUAUUUGUCAUUUAGUAACAGUGUGAAAGAUACAGACUAGGUCCCCAGUUGUUGGGUCUUGAUCUGAAAUGCUUAGUUAGUGAUAACCAUUGAACAGCGCUACUGAAUUUGUUGGCGCUUUAUAAAUAAUAAUAACACAGAUAAUUGUAGAGGGUUCCUGUAUCAUUGCUAAGAUAGAAAAGUUAUAUUCCAAGAAAGUCUGCCGGAGUGGUCAAAAUGUAGACGAAUAGUUAAAUUCUGAUUCACAUGAUACUUUGCCAACCUAAAGGAAUCAUUGGGCCUUAUAUUUCUGGAGCUGGGGAUCUACUGAUUGUAAACUCAAGGCUUAACCCAUAAUUCUGAAUUUUAGGUUUUGUUUUUUAAACUUUUUUUUUUUAAAUAGCCAUCAAAUAAUACUGUCCAUCACAAACCAAUGUACCGUGCUUUGUGAAAGCCACAGUGUCUGUGGGUGUCAGUGACUGAAUGGGUUAUUAAGCCAAUCAUUUUGAACUGGUCAUCUCUGAGUGUGUUUAAAGUGUGGCAAAUGAUAAGUGCCAAUUUCAAUUGAAUCAUUCAUUUUGACCGUGUUCAUGUUCUAAGUACUACAGCCUGGGCAGAGACUGACUUUAUCCACCUUUAUGGAACUUCAUUUAAAAAAACAAAACAUUUUGAGUUUAAAAUCGUGGGACCCAAUAUAGAACUGCAACAAGGUACUGAGAUGCACAAUACUAGUUGUGUUAAGGAGCUAUGUGAAAUGAGUGAAUGCUUUGGUUGUGAUAUUUAAAGGGACAUUAUAGUUGCCCAAACCACUACAGCUUAAUGUCCCUGCAGGCUUUUUAUUGUAAACACUGCCUUUUCAGAGAACACCUCUAGUGACAGUUACUCAUUGUACAGCACAGACUACCAGUGUUUCCACACUCUGCAUUGAGACGCUGAACGCUCCCCACAGAGAUGCAUUAACUCAUGCAUCUCUAUGAGGAGUUGGGAUAGGUGCAGUGCAACAUUUUGCUGCACAUGCGCAAUAUCCUCCCAAUGCUUUCCUGUGGUGAAGCAUUGGCUGAGAUUGUACAAUUUGAUUAUCUCCGAGGAGACCCACGCAGCACUGGAAUAAAGGUGAGUAAAAUAACUUUAUCACUCUUUUAACAAGAGUUGCGGUCACCUAAAAUGUUUAAUACACAUUUUGUAUUUUUGACAUUAUAGUGUUCCUAUAACUUAAAUGGGUGUUAUGAAGGAUCAGAGUAGGAUGAAGAAAAUAUCAUGUCACACAUAUAAGUGGUUUGUUCUUCACCAUUUUCAGAAAUGACAAGCGGUUCUUCCUGAAGACACAAAGUAAGAGAGAGGUUCACUUCCUACUGCAAAUCCUCCGAAAAUACAUUCAGCAUUUUCAGGCGUACCCCCACUCCCUGCUGGUAAAGAUCGUAGGUGAGAGCUUCUGGAAUCUCUGUGUGUGAAGGAGAGUGUCUAAAUGCAUGACAUGGUGUAUGACUGCAGGCUGUAAUUUAAACACUAUUUAAAAUGAAACUAUAAUCUGAAAAUGGAAUGCUAAAAAAUACAAGAAAUGUUAGGAAUAUCACACAUGGAUUACCUUCAUUGCUGUGUUGAUGGUAGACAGAUAUAAAAUACUAGUAUGAACAUUAAAAAGUGUCAUGAAUAAAAUCAGCCAAUAGCAGGGUUUACUGGGUUAUUUAAACCCAAACCUGCAGUUGUUCAGUGCCCUGUCGUGGUUUCCAUCCUGUUGGUUAUCCGAGAGCACGUUCCUGAAACUGUUUAUUGGUUAUUGAUCUAGGCUUGGCUUGACUUCCCAUAUUUCUGGUAUCCCUGACCCUUUGGCUUUGUUCUUACCGUAUUUGUUCCUUUCUGUAUUCUUGAACUCGGCUCGUGACUGUUUAUUCUAUUACGUUAAUUCCGGCCAUUCUAAGGCCCGGUAAUACGUUGUUACUGUUUGUCUUUGUAUGUGUUUUACUUAAUUCUGCGUGUUGGGCCACUGGUUCUGCCUGACACUCAUAUGCUUUGUUCUCUGACAAAUAUUCAUCCCAUGUCUACCUCCUCUCUCUCCCCUGUUCUCGAUUAUGAUGUUGGGGAGAGCAGUGUGAGGGCUGCAUAUUUUGUGUGUGUAUUCUUCAACCGAACACACUGCUGUCAACACCCCAUUGCACUACCUGAAGAAGUCUGGGCAUGAUGUCGAAUCAAGGUGCCAUCCCUCAUUAUAGCGUUUGGGACUGCUACCGAAAGCACAGACCACUUAGUCACUCUCUUCAGGCCUGUCAGAGGUCACAAACCUUUUGAGCAUUAACCUGCCCCAUCACCUCCACAUGGUGGGUUACAGCCGACCGGUUAAGACUAGCUGAUAAAAACUUGAUUGCUUUUUUGUGUUGUGUCCAUUUAAGGAUGUUUGCCAUCCUUCUUCUGCCUAUUGGCAUGAUCUAGCUCGAAUUAUUCCUAAACCUUGUCUUGUCUUGUUUUACAGGCGUUCACAGUAUCUCCAGGGCUCAAGAUAAAAAGGUAAGAAAUCUAGUUGUCGACCUUUAACUCAAUAUUUAGCGAAAGAACUUCAAGAUCUUCCAACACAACAAACUCACACACAGACAAUGAAACAACAUUUUGAACAGAGCAUAGCCUUUAUUAUGUGGAUCUGUUUAGUGUCAUUGUGUAACUAAAUAAAGAUAUUUUAACGUAAUUAUUAGCUUGCAUUCCCUACUUGUUCCACUGUUUAUCACUAAAAAAAGAUUUAAUUUGUCGUUUCCUAGAAAUAUUUCAUCAUUAUGCAGAGUGUGUUCUUUCCAGAUGAGCGGAUCACAGGACGGUGAGACAAGUCUUUACUUUUGUCCUGUUACAUGAUUUGGUUAUUAUUGAUUACUUAUUAACCAUAACCCUGUUUGCAGAUAUGAUAUUAAAGGCUGUCACGUUAGCCGCUGGACUGAACCAGAGCCUGAAGGAAGCAGGGUCCUUCAAGUCUUUAAAGACCUGAAUUUUGAAGGAAAUGUUAUCUGCCUUGGUGAGUAGAUCCUCCUACUAGCUCCGCAGUCAGGGUUCCAAAAACACUAGUGUUCUUUAUAGAUUUGGUUUUGUAAAUGUAUAUCUUCCUGUUGUGUUCCUACUGUGCUUUGUGUGUUUUUUGGCAUUGGAUGUGGGACUGUGGACUCUAUGUAUAUUACAGAAAACUAUUUUAAAUUGUUGACUUCCUGUAUUUUUUUCUCAUAGACUCAUCGUUAUUUCACUACUGUACAUCAUUAACGUACCCACUCAGUGGAAUAAAAAUCUCAGCAUUUUGUUGAGUUUUAUAAAUUGUUAAAAGGUUGUGUUACAAGUAAAUACAAAAGUCUUACCAUCACUAAGUUAUUAGAUCUCGACAAUUGUUGUUUAUUGAAUGAUAAAGAUUUUCUAUUCAAAUCUCUGAGCAAAAGUUGUUUAAAGGCAGAAGCUUAUUUUGCAUAAAAUGCCUUCUGAUAUCACCCAUCUUUGAUGUCUAAUGUAUAAACUGUAAAAGGAAAUUGAGAUGUAUCUGAAAAAUGCUGUAUGAAUAAAAAUGGGAUGAUAGUUUUCUCUAAAACACACACACACAAAAAGAUAUUCCUUAGGUUGAAUCGGUGCCAAGUCAGCCUUGUGGCUGAAUAAACAUCACUUUGUCACGUUCGACCAAGAACUUUCUUACAUAUGAGUUACUUCUGGGGACAUACAGUGGGAGGUUACCAGGCUGACAGUCCAUAAUUGGUGUAUGCUCUAUCCGUGUCUCGAUGUUUAGAGUUUAAAAUGCUGACUGUGCUGUGUUUUUGUAUUUGUGAAUAAAAUGCUGCUGCACCUAUAUCUGGAAGACACAAAUUUCCAUUUUCUCUAGGGCGUUCCAUCUGGCCAGUUUAUUUUAAUCCAGAUCAUGUGGAUGGAAAAAAACUAAAGCUCUCAAUUAAAGCUCCCAAUAUCAAGACACACAAAGAGUGUAUUGCAUCCCGUGAUGAAAACUCUGCCCUUUCUUGAACACCAAUUUAUUUCUAGUUUCCAUUCACGCUAAGUCUGCAAAACCUAGCAAAAUAAUUACAUUUGGUGGGAUGUAGGCUAGAAGGGGGAAGUGACCAGAGCAGAUUUUCCAGAUCCUGUUAUAUAAGCACAAGUGGAUUAUAAGAGAGCCUGACCCCAGUAUCGAUUCCACUGUAUAGGAACAGUUCAGAAAAAUAUAUUUGUGGACAUCAUAGCUCCAAAAAGAAUGAUUUGAACUGUCUACUACUGUUUUUCCAAAAGGUAGAAAUAUCGUCAAACAAAAAAUAUAAAUAACAAUUCUUUGUCUGAAAUUUUCUGUAUUGGCCACCUGCUACUCCUCUGCUCACUUCGGAGAGAUUGCUUCCUGCCUUUCCAUCUUCAACCCCAUGUUCCUACGGCCUAGUACCCAUUCAGCCUGAAAUUGUUCUCCUUUAAUUUCAUCCUUUAGAUCAACAACGGCAGUGGUUCCUGCGGCAGAUGGAGUUGGACACACGGUUCUUGCAGGACCUCAAUGUGUUGGAUUACAGCCUCCUGGUUGGUUUCCAGCUGCUGCACCCAGAUGAGAAGAAUCAAAACUGGUCUCUGGCGAACCUCAUUGUUCGCACCAAAAGGUUUGUAGAAGGUUGGGGAACCAGCUGGCAAUAUAGUACAUAGAUUAGGGAGUUAAAUACCCUCCUUCUUACUCCUGUCACCCUCCUCCAUGCAAGCCGGUGGGGAACAGCAUGUGUGUGACAUCAGGCAUGAGGUAGUUGUGGUGAUGUCAUUUAAUGAUGCUGCAUGCAUCCACAGGGUUGCCAAGACAACAGAUGGAUUAUUGCAACAUUAUCAUUGUUAUCGUAUUAUCAUUAUUGUGGGCCUGUUAAAUAUAUAUUAAAGAUUUAACAGUUGACAUCACAAUCCAGUUGGGUUCUGGCACAGCCAGGGCACAAAGUGUGUUGGAGGAAUAGAAAUCAAAUUUUUUUUUUUUGUUACUUCUUCUCUCUCUGUAUUUUCUCUAUGCUGACGGACACGUUAAAAGCCUGUUUAAUACUAAAGCUUAUAGUGAUUGUCCAGGAGCCAUGAUGGAGGCACUCUUGUCCAGGAUAGAGCUAAUUACAGAGGUGUGGAUUUCUACAUUUAAAAUUUAGACCCCCACAACACAUGUUUCUUAAAUACGAGGGAUAAUUGACCAUAGCAUUAACAAUUCUGGGAUGCUACAGUAACUGUUUAAGAACAGAUGAGGAAUUAAUGUAGCUUGGACCCCUCACAAUGCAUGGACAUAAUUAGUGCCAGGGUUGGGUAACUUAGUGGCAGUGUAUGUUUAGCAGACGAAGGCUAGACACGCAGCAGAGCCAGAACUUACUCUUUGGCCAACUCUUUAAAUUGAAUUUUAGUUUGCUUUAUCAAAUAAUCCUCUCACAUCUGGCAUAUGAAGUGAGAGGAUCAAAGGAAGUCCAGGGCUACCUUCUUGGUUUUAUAUAUAAUUCUUUAUUUUUGUGUGCAGAGAUAUACAAAAAGGUAUGCUUAGCCACAAUAGCCUCUGCAAGCACAAUAUUUCACACAAGGACAUUGUCAUGGCUUUGGUAAACUUGCACAUUUUUAGUUUAACAAGAGUAAUACAGGCUAUGUAAUUAUGUCCCAGUAGUUAGGGUGCGCUUAAACUGACAGGUUAGACAGUUAAACUGGACUUAACUAGGUAAAACAGUAUGAGCUGCUGACAACUAACGCUAGUAUGGUGGAGUAAAGGGAGUAUGACUGUCUAUCUAUCAUCUAACUCCACAUAUCUUUUCAAGAUGGGGAGGCUGAGCAUGCGUUAGUGGUUGCAGACAAGAUGGCCUCCGUGAAACAUGGCGGGGGUUCAAAUUAAUACAGAGUAAGCUAUGAGCCCACUGGGUUCCAGGAUCUCGGUAGGAGGGUGUCGCUUAGAUAUUAAAAUAACAUAAAAAGUCAAUAGGUAAAACAAGCAAUCGGUUAGUUAUAGAGGGAGACUACAAUAUCUAGCCCGGGCUCUUGUGAUCUCUCCCACCCUGGCAUCCCAGCUCUUCAUCCGAUACCCAUGCUCAUUAUCUGAAAUACGUUAGGUGACAGUGUCUCGGUUGUCCAAUACUGGCCUUCCCGUUUGCCCCAGGCCCUCCCAGGAGCCCAUGUGCAUGUCCCAGUACUCUGGUUGCUUUUCGCUCCACCAACUAAGCCUCGGGAAGGUGUAGUUUGAUGUUGUUUCUUCCAGCAAAAUGGGGUCGGCAUCAGGAUCUUCCCCCGCCAGGCCCUUCUCCCAGGAACGCGAUAUCGGGCGCUGGGCAUCUUGUGGCGUGAGGGCCUUGUUCUGUUGUGGCUUCUUAGAGACAGGUGCUGUCAGUAGUCUCUGAUGCAUGUCUGCCGCAGGGUGCAAAUUUUUGGGAGGUAUGUUCUGCAGCUUGGUGUUUCUGCGCUGCUCUCUCGAAGCUUGAUCCCCCCUGUUCUGCAGCUUCUGCCAGAACUUGCGGAAGACCUCCUCCAGUCGUUGCUCGAGUGUGUCAGGAGCUGGCUCAGAAGCCGCCAUCUUGGCUCAGCAGAGCACUUGUAUCAGAGGCAGGUUAGUUGCACUCACAGCUGAGGAGUAGAACUUGCGGGACGGCGCCGGGAUAACCCCCACCGGCUGGGGGCGGGAGAACAGGGUUCCGACCACUUCAGUGCCUUCCAGCUGAGCAGCUCGCAGGGAGAUCGGCCGCCUCUCCCCUGCCCGCCUCUACCGGUAGGCCGCACUUUGUCGUCAAGUUUAGGUUGUCCGUUAUGACACGGAAACCCCCCAAAUUGAGUCUCAGGGUUACACUUAUUCUUCCCAGCUUCGAAGGUGGCAGAUUAUUUGGGAUAAAUAUCCUUUAAAGAGCUCAAUAGUGAAUUCUCACGCGGAGCACACGCUUUGUGCGACCAAGCAGCUUGGCGGUCAGGCCCCGCCCCCCUACCUUCUUGGUUUUUAGGAUGUCUGGUGCCCCGCUUUCAGAAAAUCAGCCCAAUGCAAGAGAUUGAUUGUUUUUUUAAGAUACUGUAGCCAAACCUGCUUCCCAGGAAUAGUGGAAGUUUGAGCGCAGGUCUUCAUCUUGUACGUUUGUAUUUGUUUCUGUAUUACACAGGCAUGUUACAGUGCUAUCGCCAGCCCCAUGUUUACCCUGUUAUGGGUUAAGUGAGGAGGAGCUAAAAAAAAUACCCUUUUCUCUUUGCUCUCAUUCACCCACAAUUCUCUCCUGAUUUAGCAAAGGUCCUUAGAAACCCCAUUCAGUGUUUAGGGAAAAUAAAGGGCCAGUUGUGUUUGAAAAUAGAAAAAUUUAAGAAAAUGUCUUCUUUAUGACCCACAGGUCUGUUAAUGGGGCAGGAAGCCCUACGACUUCACAUUCUGCGUCCGUUCCAGGUACUGUAGAAGAAGAAAACUCCACAGACAAAGAGGAUGAUGGGACUGAAUUUAGUGGCACCCCAGAAAUGACAUCAGGGGGUCGUAUUCCUCUGAAGAAGAUUGGGCCCCAGGUCAGCACUGUGUCUGAUAUUUCUAAUGUUAUAGCACAGAAUCGCAGACUACUACCCAAUUACAGAAACCCAUUGCAUGUGAUGGAUGGGCCAGAAUUGAGGUACUUCAUCGGUAUCAUAGACAUCUUCACAGUUUAUGGACUGAGAAAAAGGCUGGAACAUCUGUGGAAGAGCAUGCGCUAUCGUGGGCAGGAAUUCUCCACUGUUAGCCCCUCCCAGUACUCACGCAGGCUUUGCAGUUGGGCAGAAACACAUACAGUAUGACACCUUCCUCUUGCAUCAAACUACGAUCUGAGUGUCAUCCAUCCGUUGAAAUACCAAUUAUUUAUUGUUUAAAUUAUUAUUAUUUUUUUUGCAACCCUAAUAUUUUUUUUUGCAAUGGCUGCUAAAUGGUGCACUGUUUACAAAUAAUGUAGAAUUUAAAAUGUUUUUUUUUUAUUUUUUUAUUUACGAUGCAUAAAAAUUGAAAUUUCUUACAUUUUUUUUCAAUGCUUUUACAUAUCCUAAAAAAAUAAAUAAAAAUAAAAACAAAAGGAAAGAUUGACGGUAAGAAUGCAGUUGGGGAAAAAUCCAGUCCCAUUAUUAAAAUAAUUGCAAAUUCUCUAUGUCACCAGGAGGGGGUGAUCUUGCUUUUUUUUUUUUAAACUAAAAUGCUAUUUCCAUAGCAUGCACAUGCAGAUGAUUUAAUGGUUGGAAUAAAUGCAGUUAUUUGGAUCAUAUAUUAUAUUGUUUGACACACACCACCAUGUACCUUCUUGAUGCGCUUUAACAGAAAUUUAAACCAAUGGUGCUAAUGGUCUGGCUUGCGAGACAUUGCUGGGAAAUUAACCCCAAAAUAAAAAUAAAUAAACCAAGCUAAUCUUGUUAUGCAUUUUAUGUAAGCGGUUAAUGCUGCAAAAUAUUGGCAAGCUAAUCUUUAGAAGUUAUUAUUUGCAUACAACCAACAUAUGGUACACCUCUAUACAAAAUUAAAUGGUAAAUCAUUUUCAGGUUACGGUAAGAACAGACAAAGGGUAAAGUGUCUUAUGUUGAUUUCUAUGGAAAGACAUGGGUCGGGUUCUACAUCAAAAUGUACAUCUGAGCACUCAUUACUGCCUGAUUGACAAAAACAUUUGUAAGAGAAAAUAAUUCUAUUACUGUUGCCAUUCUGUGAUAUGUGCAGUAAGCACUUGGUGGCAGACACAAGAUUUCUCGCAUAUAAUUUAAAUUAAAUACGGUACUUUACGGUUCACUUUACUUUUGUGUUAAAUAGUCUUCCUUUUAUAAUGUGAUUUGCAAAAAAGUGAUGAUGGUCCAGG